AUUAACUAUCGUGCUGCUCAUACGUGAAUAUUUCUAUUGUUUUUUGACCCGUGAUCUAACACUAAAAGAAAACAUGGACGAUACCAAAGACGACGUUAUAAUGGCAGCCUCUGAACAAGAGAAGGAUAGAAAAAUUGCGGCUCUGGAAGCUCAGUUACGAAAAUUACAACAGCAAUUAACUGAUGCUAAUGUAGCUGGACAAACGGGGCUGCAACCAAGUCAAUCGUGGUCACAACAGCCGAACUCGCAACUGGAAUCGCAGCAGCCGAGUCCACACUGUCCACAGCCAAGUCCACAGCCGAGGCCACAGCAGCCGGGGCCGGAGCUACAGCUGCAAUUGCAACAGCAGCAAAAUGAACCUGCGAUCAAGAGACCACCACGGUGGCAGAGAGCUGGCCGGAACAGACGAGGCAGACGAGGCGGACCAAGCGGAUCUGGCCAAAAAGAGCACUUUUUUAAAUAUUAUUUUAAUUUUGCACUAAGGAAAUAAAAAUGUAAAAUUUAAAUAA